AUGGCUGGGGGCGUGUGGGGCCGGGCCCGGGCUGCCCCUGUGGGGGCCCUAAGUCUGACAGCUCUGGCUGAAGGGAUCCGGGCCAGCCAGGAGCAGUGCCCGGGACCCCCUCCCACAGGCCCCCAGCCUCAGCCCCAGGAGCUUGAAGCCGAAGCUGAGGUCCAGGCUGCCACCCCCACCCCUGAGGCCGAGCCGGGAAGUGGAGCAUCAGCCCUCGGCGUCGGCAGUGAGCCCUGCUCCCCCCACGGCACCCAGGAGCCGGCCUCCGAGGGCCCCUACCAGGUCCCAAAGAGUUCCUGGGAUGAAGGGGCUCUCGCUGACCUCGCGCUGUACACGGCUGCCUGCUUGGAGGAGGCCGGCUUUGCGGGGACCCAGGCCACGGCGCUCACCCUGUCCUCGGCCCUGGAGGCCCGGGGGCAGCGCCUGGAUGACCAGGUGCACGCCCUGGUGCGUGGGCUGUUGGCGCAGGUGCCCAGCCUGGCCGAGGGGCGGCCGCGGCGGGCGGCCGUGCGGGUGCUGAGCGCGCUGGCCCUGGAGCACGCGCAAGACGUGGUGUGCGCACUGCUGCCGCGCUCCUUGCCUCCAGACCGGGCGGCAGCUGAACUGUGGCGAAGCCUAAGCCGGAACCAGCGCGUAAACGGGCAGGUGCUGGUGCAACUGCUGUGGGCGCUGAAGCGCGCCGCGGGGAGCGAGCCGGAGGCGCUGGCGGCCACGCGGGCGCUCGGAGAGAUGCUGGCCGUGUCAGGCUGUGUGGGAGCCACGCGGGGCUUCUACACGCACCUGCUACUCGUGCUGGUCACGCAGCUGCACCAGCUGGCCCGGGGCUCGCGCUCCCCUGACUCCCCUAAGGUUUGGGCCCCGACUCACCGAGGGCCACCGCACAGCCACGCCAGCUGUGCUGUGGAGGCCUUGAAGGCCCUGCUCACUGGGGACGGAGGCCGCAUGGUGGUCACGUGCAUGGAGCAGGCGGAGGUUGGAGGUUGGAGGAGGCUGGUGGGAGCCCACACCCACCUGGAGGGCGUCCUACUGCUGGCCAGUGCCAUGGUGGCGCACGCCGACCACCACCUGCGAGGCCUCUUCGCAGACUUGCUGCCCCGGCUGCGCAGCGCCGACGUCCCGCAGCGCCUCACGGCCAUGGCCUUCUUCACCGGGCUGCUGCAGAGCCGGCCCACCGCACAGCUGCUGCGGGAGGAGGCCAUCCUGGAGCGGCUCCGGACCUGGCAGCGCGACCCCGAGCCCACCGUGCGCUGGCUGGGGCUGCUCGGCCUCGGCCACCUGGCGCUCAAUCGCGGGAAGGUGCGGCACGAGAGCACGCUGCUGCCGGCGCUCCUGGGCGCGCUGGGCGAGGGCGACGCGCGGCUCGUGUGCGCGGCGCUGGGCGCGCUGCGGAGGCUCCUGUUGCGGCCGCGGGCACCCGUGCGGCUCCUGAGCUCCGAGCUGGGGUCGCGCCUCCCACCGCUGCUGGACGACGCCCGGGACUCGGUGCGCGCCUCUGCGGUGGGCCUCCUUGGCACGCUGGUGCGUCGGGGCCGGGGCGGGCUUCAGGUGGGGCUCCGCGGGCCCCUGCGGGAGCUGGUGCUGCGGAGUCUGGUGCCUCUGCUGCUGCGUCUGCACGACCCCAGCCGGGACGCCGCUGAGAGCUCAGAGUGGACGCUAGCCCGCUGUGACCAGGCCCUGCGCUGGGGCCUGCUGGAGGAGGUGGUCACUGUGGCCCACUACGACAGCCCCGAGGCCCUAAACCGCGUCUGCCACCGCCUGGUCCAGCGACACCCCAGCCACGUGCACCACUUCCUGAGCCAGGCCCAGGGCUACCUGCACAGUCCCCAGGACCCCUUGCGGCGGGCGGCCACCGUGCUCACCGGCUUCCUUGUCCAUCACGCCAGCUCCAGCCGUGUCACCCAGGACCUACUGGACUCCCUGCUCCAGGACCUGGGCCAGCUGCAGAACGACCCACUGCCCACAGUGGCCGCAGCGGCACAUGUGACCGCCCAGCAGGUCGUGCUGCUGGCCCGGGCGCAAGGCCAGCCCCAGGGCCACCUCCUGCUCCGCCUGGCCCCGUGGCGCAGGGCCCAGCCUGCCCGACAGCUGCCCGUCUAUGACGACAGCCCCUUCCAGCGCCGGAGCCUGGCUGACCGCUGGGGCUGCCCGGGACCCCGCGGCACCUGACCUGGGGCACGUCGGUGGAAGGCCCGAGGCGGGACGCAGGUGUCUGCUGCCUUGGGCCCCUUCUCUGGGCCGUGGCAGCCGUGUGACCAAGGGCCAGGCAGCGCCUUCGGUCCGGGACAUUUCACCCUUGGCCCCUGCCCCUUGCGUGCAGGGGGCCGCCCCUGGCCAGGCUCGCUCUCCCGGUCCUCGGAGUGUGCCGGGCACCCCCGUCUGGGGCCUGGCAGCUGACCCGUGCGGCUCCUGGACUCCUGCACUGCAGUGGCCUGCCGGGGCCUCCUUGUCCCCCACUCCUCACUGCUGUCCGGAGGUGCCAGCCUGAGAGGAGCUGACCUGCUGUCCCUCACCCACUGGACCCCACUGGCCAGUCCCCCACCUGUCCUGGUGGCUCCUCCCUGAGCGUGGUCUCCUCUGAAAGGUGGCGCUGAGCACAGGCCAGGACCACACCCGUGGGGUCAGGUGACCAGGCCGGGAGUACUGCUGGCAGCACCUGUGCCCUGGCUGAGCCCACGGGGAGAGGCCUGGGGAGCCCCCGCCACCGGGAGUCUCCCCCCAGCUGCUGGCCCUGGCCGGGUCCCACCUGGAACGCACCCACAGGACGUGUGCACGGCCUGGGAGGGGUGAAGCACUUUAAGCAAACAGGGCCACUAUCGCACGGGGCGCUGGUUCAAGUCCCAGCCGCUCCACUUCCCAUCCGUCUCCGUGCUGGUGGCCUGGGAAGGCAGAGGAAGAUGGCCCAAGUGCUUGGACCCCUGCACCUGCGUGGGAGACGCGGAUCUGGCUUUUGCAGCCAUUCUGAGCAGUGAACCAGCAGAUGGGAGGUCUCUCUGCCAAUACAUCUUACGAAAUGAAGGAAGUGUGUAGAUCCAAGGCUGGGUGUCUGUCCGCUCAGGCCGGCAAGGGUAGGGGUCGGCCCCGUGGCCGGGCUAAAGGUCAGGCCGGUUCUGGGUGCCAGGUCAUGCUGGGGCUCUCUGGAUAGGAGGGACGUGCCGUGGUUCAGCACGCACAGAGCCGACGGGGGUCAGGGCCUCUGCCGCCGUGCCCAGGGUCGGCUCUUCGUGAAGCUAGGGGCAUGACCUGGUGUAGUCGUCCGGAUAUCCUCCAGGGCUGAUGGUGCCGGGGGAUUCAGCACCCAGGGAGGUGCCAGAGAGGCCAGGAGGCCCCAGCCCCCCCAGUGAGUGAGAGAGGGAGGAAGGGCGGGGGCUGGGCAGGAGAGCUCCCACAUGUCUCUCAGGACAGAAGCAGCCGGGCCCCAGGACCGGUGCAGCAUUCACUCCUCCCAGCACAGGUUUGUCCGCGCCCCAGGGUAUUGCCAGAGAUCCUUGUCGGCAAACCCAGCGGCACCACGGGGCCCACUCCCCUCCCGCGUGGCCGCUGGCUCAGGCCCCGUCCCUGCAGUCCCCCUCAGCGCCUGGGUUACCACCGUCCCAGCAGCACCGAGGCUCGGGCGAGCCAGCACGGCCAUGCGGCUGGUGGCUUGGACUGGCCAAGUCCAAGCGAGGGCAGGGCAGGCUCCCCCUGUCCCUUGGUGCCUGCUGUGAGCCCCCGUGUCCCCCCACUCCUGCCCAGGGACCCUCAGACAGGCCAUGAACACUCUUGG